AUGGCAUCUCCAUUGCGAUCCCGAAGCAUAGCGCUACCGCAGUGCACGGCGUGUCUGCGCAGCUAUGCGUGGCAGGCAACGGCAGACGCCUCCGCCUGUCAAAAUGCUCUCCGACAGCAGACGAGGAGCAAGAAAACCGCGACAAAAGCGUCAGCAACAGUGCCAGCAAGGCUGUUGAAGGAUCUACCGGGAUUCGGGAAAGCUGUGACCCGCGGCGAGCUUCGAAACCACUGGUUCCCCAAACGCAUCGCCGCAUAUGUAACGCUCGCAGAACAACGACAACUUCGGCGCGACAAUAUACCCAUAGAGCGUGACUACAACUUCGGCAAGAAAGAUGACCUGGCAGCAGCGGCGCUGGCAAAAGCAGCCCGAGCACCCGAGCCCGAGCCCGCGCCAGUGUAUGAGAAAAAAGCGCCAGAGGUGGAGAGAUUGACUGCUCAAAGAAGUAUGGAGCUGCUAGAUAUAUUUGUGCCACAUCGCAUCGAUUUCUACAGAGAACCGAUCAUGGAAGCAGAAAAGCUUGAAGAGCCAGAGGCAGCGGCAGCGGCGGAGAAGAAAGAGGACAAGAAGCAGUCGGCAUCGAGUGCAGCAGCAGACUUGCUGGCGGCGAGAUCGUCAAUCCCACGAGAGAAGCCCAAGCCAAAGAUGACGGGAGCAAUCUAUGGCUCGGUAAGCGCGCACGACAUUCUGGUCGCGGUCCGGGCGGCCAUCGCAACGAAUGACGAAGCAGCAAGAGUCCUCAUUGCAGAGCAGGACAUACACUUUAUGGACCCUCAGGCGCAAUCCGAGAACAAGAUCAAGUCGAUUGGAGAUUUUACAAUCGAGCUCAAGAUCAAAGGCGUCGAGCAAGGCAUUAGAAGGACUGUGAGGGUCGUCCCACAGGAGUCAUCGUGA